AUGCAUAGAUCAUCAUCAGCCACCACCUUCCGCACCUCCGAUGAGUAUUUCCUCAACCUAUUGCCGCCAGGGAAGCCGUCCAAACCACCACUGGAUCAUGACUUACCGGUGUACAAUCCAAUCUCUCCAAAUGGAACCAAGGAACACUAUAACUCAUCAAGGGAAAACACUAUUCAUCUCAUCCCACUUGUUUUGCUUCUUUGUGGUUUUAUUCUUUGGUUCUUUUCUCAUCCGAUUGAUGAACUCAAAGACAACCAUAUUACAAUGUAA